GCCGAACACAAUGUACUAGAUUAGCUAAUAGGGUACAGCAAUCUACCAACAAAUAAGGUAUUUUACAUAGAAAAAAGAAAAUCCAUCAAAUGUGUUAAUGCCAGAAUGGAUUUAUGACACUUCAGAAUAUGGCAGAUUCACAUUCAAAUGGAAAGAAUGUUUGUGAACCCUCAUCUUCACCAUAUAAAAGAAAUAUGAGUCGUCCACUAUGCGGAAUAGCUUUGUUUGGUCCGAUCAGGCGGGGUGAUUUUUUGGAUAAAAUACACAUCGGACGACCUACAUACCUGGUUCCGCAUGAACAGCUUGAGAACAAUAAUCCAAGGGUUUCUGCGAAGACUGCUCCAUUGAGAGAGUUGGAAAUUUCUCUAUUCAGGAUGCCUGUAGCUUUCAAAUCGACGUGCAUAUACAAGAUUUUCUUCAGUACGGCAGCUAUCUGUGCGUUCGGAGGAAAUGAACUUUUUAGUGAAAUGAAAAACCGACUAAAAUUAAGAUCAACUGGACAUUCAGAUACUAAAGAAUCGCCUUCGGAAAUGUUGACGAACAAUGCAGUUGAACAGCAGGAACCAUCUUCAUAUGACAAUACUUCUUCUAGCAUGUCAGCGAACUCCAGUCCCAGAUCACCAAUAUAUGCUGAUUUUGAACAAUCUGAGUCGAAAACAGUAUCAGAUAUUUUAUUGAAUCGUGCACGUAAACCUCCUACACGAAAACCGACCUUGAAUCGUUGCUCAGAUGUUCCUAAUAGACAAUCAUUUAAUACUUCUAGUACCUCAAUUAUAUUUCAUCCAAAUGAUAAUUCCAAAAUACUCGAUGGUUUAACGGAAUUUUUCAAUCCAAACAGUUAAUUGCUGUACAGACAAAUGUUGAUGUUUAUCAUUUUUUCUAUCAGACUGGAUGCUCCGACAACUAUGUGUUCAACCCUUCUCAUAAUGAGCUGUGAACCUCGAUGACACAUCUUAUUUUCUUGAAUCUAUCUAAUUAGUUAUGUAACAAGACAACACAGCGAUACCAGCUGCUUGACCACUUGAUUUAAACUUGUAAAGUAACACAAUAUAUUUCCUUUUGCAUCUAUUCCCAUAGAAUAAAUAAAAAUAUGCAACACCCCAGUAGUAUUAAAACAUUCUGUUUUGUCCUAUAUAUUAUUAGACUUAUAAUCUUUCCCCUUGUCUAUUUUUGUUUCGAUAUUUUACAUGGUACCAGAUUAAACUGUUGUAAACACUGACGUUGUGAUUAAAUUCAUUUGUAUAAUGUUUUGUUAGUUUACUCAUCACCUUUAGAUAGUUAUCUAAUCAGUAGGGGCGAGAGAUUGGAAUAAUACCAUCAAUUGUUCUCUUA